AUGUCUGCCACACUUCUGUCCGCCUUCUACGACAUCGACCUGUUCUGUAAGAACGAGAAAGUCCUGAACAAUCUGAAUCUGAGCAGCAUGCUGGACAAGAAGGCAGUGGGCAGCCCGGUGACAGCCCCCAACUCCAGCCUGCUCCCAGGGUUCCUUCGCAGACACUCAGCCAGCAACCUUCAGGCUCUGGCUAAUAACAACAACAACUCAUCCCCCAAGUUCUGCAACAACAACCUCAAGGAAUCAGUGGUGAACAGCACUGCCCUGUUGAAUAAAGAGAACAAGUUCCGGGACCGUUCGUUCAGUGAGAAUGGAGAACGUAGCCAGCACCUCCUGCAUCUCCAGCAGCAGCAACAGCAGCAGAAGUCCGGUGCUCAGAUCAACUCCACUCGUUACAAGACAGAGCUCUGCCGGCCCUUCGAGGAGAGUGGCACUUGCAAAUAUGGUGAGAAGUGUCAGUUUGCCCAUGGGUUUCAUGAGCUGCGCAGCCUGACCCGGCACCCCAAGUACAAGACUGAGCUGUGCCGUACCUUCCACACCAUUGGCUUCUGCCCCUAUGGUCCCCGCUGCCACUUCAUCCAUAACGCCGAGGAGAGGAGGCAGGCACCUGGAGGAGGAGGCUCCCCUACAGACUGCUUCAACGGCCAGCGCCCCAAACUGCACCACAGCCUCAGCUUCUCUGGGUUCCCCAACCACAGCCUGGACUCCCCUCUUUUGGAGAGCCCGACCUCACGCACACCUCCCCCGCAGCCCUCUAACUCCCUGUACUGCGAGGAGACUGUCCCCUGUGCCAACAAUGCCUUCACCUUCUCUGGCCAGGAACUCAGCCUGAUCACGCCCCUGGCAAUCCAGACCCACAACCUGUCCAGCUACAACCCUGCAGCCUACUGCCGCCAGCAGCAGCCAGCCUCUUCCAACACGCCCCCGCCGAGCCUUAACUUCCAGCCCCUGCGACGCCUCUCCGAAUCCCCAGUGUUUGAUGCUCCACCAAGUCCACCUGACUCCCUCUCUGACCGGGAGAGCUAUCUGAGCGGCUCCUUGAGCUCUGGCAGCCUGAGCGGAUCGGAUUCCCCUACCUUGGACUCUAAUAGGCGCCUGCCCAUUUUCAGCAGGCUGUCCAUCUCUGAUGACUGA